CGGCUGUGUCUUUGGCAGAGGAGUUAAAAUACGCUGGAAGUGAACGGGCUAUGUUAGCAGGAAUAGAGACGGGAAAAAGGAGAAAUCCUGAGCAAUAUAGAUUUCCCUUCCCCCAUACGUUUUCCAGGAUGGAAGUCCGAAGUUUGAGGGAGAAACUUGUGAGGAAAUAAAGGAAGUUAGGCUGAGGGGCAGAGAGCGAGACUUUUCUAUUUUCCAAAAGCUCGGUCUGAGGCCCCUCAGUCUUGCUUCCUACCCCGCGCUUGAGUUUCUCCCCGGUUGGAUGCUCUCAGGGGCACUAAGAAGAGAGACAAUUCCUGAUUUCCUUAGAGGGCCUUGUUCUCCUUGGUACAAGAAGCUCAAGUCCUGAUUCCCGCCCUCCCUUCUCGUUUUAGGAAUGUUACGCUGAGAAGCCACAGAAAAGAAAACCAUCAGUGUUUGGAAAUGAUUCUGAUGAGGAGGAGGAGACCUCCGUGAGUGAAAGUCUUCAGAGGGAAGCUGCAAAGAAGCAGGCCAUGAAACAGACCAAACUGGAGAUGCAGAAGGCCCUUGCAGAAGAUUCCACUGUAUAUGAAUAUGACAGCAUUUAUGAUGAGAUGCAGAAAAAAAAGGAAGAAAGUAAUCCCAAAUUACUUUUGGGAAAAGAUAGAAAGCCUAAGUAUAUCCACAACUUACUAAAAGCAGUUGAGAUCAGAAAAAAGGAACAGGAAAAAAGAAUGGAAAAGAAAAUACAGAGAGAACGAGAAAUGGAAAAAGGAGAAUUUGAUGAUAAAGAAGCAUUUGUGACAUCUGCUUAUAAAAAAAAACUGCAAGAGAGAGCUGAAGAAGAAGAAAGAGAAAGACAGGCUGCUGCACUAGAAGCACGUUUGGAUGUAACCAAGCAGAAAGAUCUCAGUGGAUUUUAUAGACACCUUUUAAAUCAAGCAGUUGGUGAGGAAGAAGUACCAAAAUGCAGCUUUCGUGAAGCCAGUUCUGGAAUAAAGGAAGAGAAAUCAAGAGGCUACUCAGAUGAAAUAAAUUCAGAAAACAGAAUACCACAAGAGAGAUGUGUUCUCCAAACUCAUGUGACAAAGAAGGAAAAUCCAGAUGCAGACAGUGAUUUUGAUACUAAGAGUAGUGAAGAUGAAAUGGAAGAAAACAAAGUGAAUUGUAGAAAGGCAAAGGUCACAGAGACCUCCAGGAAUUAUUCCAAACAUCUCAAGAACCGGACUCACUCAAGAUCAUCUAGUGAAGAAAAAGAACAUAGUACCAAAUAUCAUGCCAAAAAUUCCAAGUCCAGAGGGCAUGACAAAAGGGAAGAUCACCACGAAAGGCAGUCCAGAGACCAGGAGAACUAUUACACUGACCGUGAUCACAGAAAAGCAAAGGAUUCUCAUAAACCCAGAGAAGCCAGUCAUAGAGAUUCCCACUCAAAGAGGCAUGAACAAGAGGAUAAGCCAAGGGUAGACCAGAGAGAAAGAAAUGACAGAGAAUGGAAAAGAGAGAAAUAUUCCUCAAGAGAACAAGAAAGACAUAGACAACAAAAUGAUGCUGACCAAUACAGUGAGAGAGGUACGGAGAAGGAAGAAAAGAGCAAAGAGAAGGAAGAACAGAUGAAAGGAAGGAAGGAAAGGUAUGAAAGUAACGAUGAAUACAGAGAUAAGGGAAAACAAGAAGUAAGUGUUCAGUCUUCAGAAAGAAUUUACAGAAAAGAAGGCAGAUCUAAUUCUAGGGCAAAGGAAGAGUUUUUUGACCAUGAGAGAGCUAGUAAAGUAAGGAAUAUGGAAAAGAAAAAAGAAAGAUACCAAGAAAAGCCCUCUGGUUCUGAAACAUCACUGGGAGAAAAACACAGACUCACAGAAGAAAGGCAAGAGAAGGGCAAAGAACAAGAGAAACUACCAGAGGCAGUGAGCAAGUUUGCAAAGAGGAAUAAUAAAGAAACUGUAACGUCAGCUAGAGACAGGUACUUGGCCAGGCAAAUGGCACGGGCUAAUGCAAAGACCUACAUUGAGAAGGAAGAUGAUUAGUGGCUGCCCCAGCAGGGAGAUCUGUGGAAGCACAGGGUAUUGUAACUCCCAGGACUCGUGAAGGUGUCAUGAAAUUUGCUAGUUGAGGGAAUGUAUUUAAAAAUAUAUUUUUAAAUUUUUUUUAAAUUAAAGUCAAAAGUCAGUCUUCUAAUCUUGACUGUUUAACUAGAAAUAUGUAUAUUUGUAUGUAUGUGUAUAAUAUUGCUUUGUCAGUACCAUAUUUCUUGGUUGUAUUCAAGAACCAUAAGUGUGUGUACAUCCUGAAGAUUAUGAGGAACAUUAGCUGCACUGCAACCAUUAAAAAGUAAACAGCUUUCCUAACAAUGUUGCUUUUGUUACAAUAGCUGUUUUGUUUUAUAUUGUAUUUCAGGUAAAAAUUUGAAAAGUAGGAAAAGUGGUUAUACUUUUUACCCUGAAACUUGCA